UCUGUGUGUGUGACGGUUGGAUAAAAUUUGAUGGAGUUUUAGUUCCUAUGGGAAGGUUGUGCUGGAAAUAGAAAGAUGCAUCUAAUGAAUGGAGAAGGUUGUAAGGGAUAAAAAAGGGGGAGGACUGGGAAUAUGAAACUUGAAGAUGCAUAACAAAAGCUUGCUCUUUAAGUGGCAAUGGAAAUAUAGUUCUGAAGAUGAGGCUUUUUGGAAGCAGAUAAUUGAAGCUGUUUAUGGAGUAAAGGAGGGAUGGAGACUAUGUUUAGCUAACUCUCACUCAAAAGGGUGUAUCUGGAAGAACAUAAUCAGGUUAUGGGAUGAAUUAUUUUCUCAUACCAGUUUAAGAGUGGGCAAUGGUGAGAGAUUCAGGUUCUGGACUGAUACAUGGAUAGGCGAUGAGAGUUUGGGAACCAGAUUUCCAAUAUAACUGUUCUAUCAACAAGGAAGGUACUAUAGCUGAAUUCUAUACAAAUUCAGGUUGGCAUUUUAAUUUUAGAAGAAAUUUGAACAAUUGGGAGAUAGAAGGAUUCUGUCAGAUGAUGCAACAAUUAGAAUCAGCGCGUAUUGACACUAAUAAAAGGGAUUCUCUGAUCUAGAAGAAUAGCAAGGGCAAAAAAUUCUAUGUGAGCAAUUUGUGAUGACCCGCCACGUCAUCAUGCCACCUAGGCGCCACGUGGAACUAUUUUUUGCCAUGCAGGAAGCUUAUGUGGAUGCUUACAUGGAGAGGAGGCUAGCUUAUGUGAGAAGGUUCUAGAGAAAUAUAGAGAUUUCUCAUGGAAGACCUUAGAACCUUAUGGAAUUGCAUGGAAAGUCCUUCGAAUAAUAGAGUUGUGUAGAGAUUUCUAGAAUAGGGGCUUAUUUGUUAAUAUGUAAGGACUUGUAUAAUAAUUAUUAUUUACAUACUAGUCCCUAGGUGAGUAGUAUAAAUAGGAGGGUCAUUCAUUUGUAAAUCAUCAAGCAAAAUCAAUUAAGUCUUCUAUAAUAAAAAAGCUUCCUUCUAGCAAAUUUCUCUCGUCUUUCUCAAUUACUAUUCCCUUAGCGGUCUUGAGUGUAGUAAUCUAGGCUGACUUGGCAUAGCAAGAUCGUGAGCAAGUUAUGCAAGAACGUGAGCGAGUUGUCAAGUGCCGCACGUGCGCUUAGUUGAAGACUAAGGACGUGACAACGUGGUAUCAGAGCGAAGGUUACGACUGAGGGAAUGACAAACGACGGAGAAAUCAAUGCUGCUAAAACCCAAGCCAACGUCAUCCAGGAUGCUGCUGGCAAGAAGGGCCAUAACAAAAAGAGGAAUGACACCAACAAGAGCCAGGAGGUGCUGCCAGAGGUUGCGCCAAAUGAAGGGCUUACAUCCCAAGAACCAUCUACGACUGAGGCGAGCGAGGAUGACGUGGAGGUCCUGUCCGAGGACAUCUCGCUCUGUAAAGAGUGGGUUAUGAAGGUUAAUGUGGGGAUGGAUGCCAUCGACAUAUUUGGCCAACGUUUAGGCAAGGUGGAGGGCACUCUUAGCGUUCUUGAGGGGCAUACUCUUGAAGAGAUUGAAAGCAUCCGAAAUGACUUGGAAGGGCACAUGCAGGCUGAGAUUGAGGUAAAGCAAACCAUUACUGCCUUAGAGUGCAAACUCAUGGCGGCGUUGAGUACUAUCGAUGCCAUGAAGGCAAAGAUAGUGGCACUCGAAAAGCAGGUCAAUGUUGGUGUGACUGAGGCAGCCAACAAUGUUGUCGUGAUGAGGGAGGCUAAGAUCGAGGCUCCUAAGCCACCAGUGUUCAAAGGAGUUCGUGAUGCACAAGAGGUGGAGAACUUUCUUUGGCACUUGGAGAACUAUUUCAAGCAUGGCAAAGUAAGGGACGAUGAGGCCAAGAUCAAUACCGCUGUGUUGUACUUAACAGAGACUGCCAUGCUAUGGUGGAGAAGAAAGGUCGCUGAUACUGACAGAGGUCUAUGCACAAUCAACACGUGGGAUCAGUUCAAGCAUGAGUUCAAGCGACAGUUCUUCCCAAAUAAUGUCUUGUAUGAGGCAAGGCGCAAACUUAGAGAGUUGAAGCAGACAGGGAGCAUUCGCGACUAUGUCAAGGAGUUCACCACUCUUAUGCUUCAAAUUCCCAACCUCACUAGUGAUGACUUGUUAUUUCACUUCAUGGACGGGUUACAGAACUGGGCUAAGCAAGAGUUGCAACGCCGACAAGUCAGUGAUAUAGACCAAGCCAUAGUGGAGGCCGAGUCUUUGAUGGAUUUCAAGCAUGACAAACGCGACAAAGGCAAAGGUCAUGAGUCAAGGGGUGGCAAUGCCACAGGUGGGAGAGACCGUGGUAAGAACAAGGAGUCUCAACAAUACUACUCCAGGACUCAAAAUGCCAACAAGUUCGAUGGCAAAAAGUCAAAUGGUCGUCAGGGCUAUGCUGAGAAGAAGGCGCAGGUCGAGAAGAAGGGAUGCUACUUAUGCGGAGGGCCGCACAACUUCAAAAAUUGCCCUGACCUAAAGAGCCUUAGCGCUAUGGUGCAUGAAAGAAAUGAGCAGACGCAAACACAGAGUACGGGAAUCGCUCAGUUGGGGACGAUUAGACUAUGUGGCGCUGUCGCGAAGCAAGAUAGUCAAACUAAUGAUAAUAAAAACCAGUACGUGGAUCUCACCAUCAAUAACAAGCCCGCUCGUGCAUUGGUGGACACUGGAGCGACUCACAAUUUUGUGACCGAGGCUGCAGCGAAGAGACUAGAGUUGAAGCUCGCUCCAAUUAACGCCCUCGUUAAGACCGUGAAUGCUAAGCCAGAAAAUGCUCGUGGUGUAGUUAGUGGCGUUAGUGUCAAAUUGGGCGAUUGGAAAGGUAUGACAAAUUUUACCGCCACUACUAUGGAUAUUUUUGACAUUGUUUUGGGGCAAGAAUUCUUUACACAUUGCCACGCGAUGAUCGAUCCCUACCUCCAACGUCUCUUGGUCAUGGAGCAAGAAGGCGCUUGCAUGAUGCCUACAGUGACUAUGUCGCAUGAACAGGGCCAUGCACAACUUUCAGCUUUGCAGCUUGUCGAGGGGCUCAAGAAAGAAGAGCCAACAUUCAUGACAACCAUUACAAGUUUGGAGGAAGAUAAUUUGCUCGAAGAAAACAAAAAUGGUAUUUCCAAAGAGCUACCUAAACGCUUGCCUCUUAGGCUUGAGCAGGAUCACAAGAUUGAGUUGGAGCAUGAACAGGAAAAGGGUCAAGUCAUACACCGAUUACCGUCACCACCUCACACGAUAGGGAGAUUGAAGCUAUCAUUGACUACCAGGCUAGGCAGAAACAAGGGCAAGAAGCCAAUACCAUUAUUCUCGUGCAUUGGAAAGGGAAAUUACUGGAAGAGGUCACAUGCGAACGAUACAAAGACUUGUGGCAAUUUUAAAACAAGAGUCAAAAGUUUGAGCAACAGCAGUGCGCCGUGGUCGUCGCAACAUCAGGUGGGGGAGAGUGUGAUGACCCGCCACGUCAUCAUGCCACCUAGGCGCCACGUGGAACUAUUUUUUGCCAUGCAGGAAGCUUAUGUGGAUGCUUACAUGGAGAGGAGGCUAGCUUAUGUGAGAAGGUUCUAGAGAAAUAUAGAGAUUUCUCAUGGAAGACCUUAGAACCUUAUGGAAUUGCAUGGAAAGUCCUUAGAAUAAUAGAGUUGUGUAGAGAUUUCUAGAAUAGGGGCUUAUUUGUUAAUAUGUAAGGACUUGUAUAAUAAUUAUUAUUUACAUACUAGUCCCUAGGUGAGUAGUAUAAAUAGGAGGGUCAUUCAUUUGUAAAUCAUCAAGCAAAAUCAAUUAAGUCUUCUAUAAUAAAAAAGCUUCCUUCUAGCAAAUUUCUCUCGUCUUUCUCAAUUACUAUUCCCUUAGCGAUCUUGAGUGUAGUAAUCUAGGCUGACUUGGCAUAGCAAGAUCGUGAGCAAGUUAUGCAAGAACGUGAGCGAGUUGUCAAGUGCCGCACGUGCGCUUAGUUGAAGACUAAGGACGUGACAAAUUGCUACAAUUUGUUGAUGAGGCAGACAAGUUUUUGGGAACCCAAUUGGCCGUGGAAGAUGAUUUGAAAGACAAAAAUCCCUAUGAAAGUAGCUGUCUUUGGUUGGAUUGUAACUUGGGGAGGUUUUUUUCUGGCUAACAGGUGUUAUUUUGUGAGGAGGAACAAGAAUCUGUUGGACAUCUCUUUUUGCACUGUAGAAUUUCUAGACAGUGCUGGGACUUUUUUCUGAGUAUUUACGGUAUCUCUUGGGCAAUACCUAAUAACAUAAGGGACUUUCUUAAGUGCUGGCAAGGGCAGAGAAUACUGAAAAGCUUGAAGCAGAUUUGGAAUACUAUUCCUUUAUGCAUAUUUUGGAUCUUAUGGCUGGAGAGGAAUAGAGCUUGUUUCUGAAGGACAAAGAGAUCAUUUUUCUAGAAUUAAGAACAAAUGUUUACAGAAUCUUUUCUUAUGGUGUAAGGGCAGUCUUACACAAAUGAGUAUAUAGAGUUUUUGGAUUUGCUAGGGGGAAGACAGUAGAUGUGGAAUCUUUGUUUUGAUCUGCACUCCUUUUGUUUUUGUACUUCUUGUACCAUCUUGGUACUUUUUUCUAUAAAUAAAACUUUACCAUUUCCAAAAAAAAAAAAAAAAAAAAAACACAUUCUUCAGUCUUUAAGCCUAAAUGUCAAAGUGAAAACUCAGUUUUGGGAGCCAUUGUUGCUGGCAAGUCUUACCUUCCACCAAGCCAUUCCCUACAGCUUCCUCAAAGCCAUCGUUGACGGCAUGAUCUCAGUGAUUGAUAGAGUUUCGGUCCUCCACUUUGCUCAAUAGCUGCAAGAUUUGUUUAGUGUGGCUGCUAGCCUACUAGUAUAGUGCAAUUUAUUUAAGCUGAACAAGUAAGCUGCCGAUUGCAGAAAUGCUUUCUCCAUUCAGAAUCUGAAGCCAUUCAAUGCUCUAACCUUUGCUUCAGAGUAUUCUACUUUUGUUGUUUCAUUUGUUACUAUAACUUUCUAGCAAAAUUCGCGUUUGUUAUUUUAUGAUGAGUUUUGUUGUAUACAGAAUGCUGGAGUGAAAGAAGAGUAGGUCACUUGUGUUGCUGGCUGGCUAUUUGAGCUGUAGAGUUUACUUCCUCUUGUAGGUGGAAAAAGAUCUCAAGGAUUUAGCAUGUGUGUAGUGUGAUAUGACCAAGUAGGAGAGCCAGUGUUUGGUGGCGUAAUGAACUCAAGCUGUAAAGUAUUUCAGUGCAAUUAGGUAGUAGUGGCGGUGAAGUAGGAAGAGCACAGUUGGUGAUGUGUGGAUUAAGUGUCAUGCCAUGGGUUCGAAUCCUGCCACACAGACAAAAGCCUGGUAUCUAUGUGGGGAAGGAUAAAGUGGUGGAUCCAUUAUACACAAUGCUCGGUGUUCGGUGGCGUAAUGAAAUCGAGCUCUAAAGAAUUUCAGUGCAGUUAUGUAGUAGCAGCGGUCAAGUAGUAAAGUGUGCAGCAAGUGUUGUGGGUUAAGUGUCAUGCCACUGCUGAGUUUACCCUGUGCGCACCUGAAGGGUAGCGGCUGCAGGUUCCCAUGUCAUAAAAAAAAAAAAAAAGUGUCAUGCCACGGGCUCAAACCCUACCAACACAAAUGAAAGCCUGAUAUUUAAGCGGAGAAGGAUAAACUGGCGGAUCCAUUAGUGACAAAGUUCUGAGACCAGUUAGGAGAGCCGGUGCUUGGUGGCUUAAGAAACUCUAAGUGGCCGUCGGUAGUAAGAGUGCAACUAUUGAUGUGUGAAUUAAUAAGAGUGCAACUAGUGAUGUGUGAAUUAAGUGUCAUGCCACAGGCUCGAAACCUGCCACCUCACAAACGCCUUAUAUUUAAAUGCAGAAGGAUAAAGUGAUAAAUUCAUAUUCAUCGAAUUUCAAGAUUUUAAUGAUUUCUCAAUCAUUAAAGAAGGGGGAUGUUGUACUAUUUGGCCGCAGUGGUGGCGCAGUUAGUGAUUAUGCAUUGUAGUUGGGGCCAGAAAGUGUGUACUAUCAAAAGGUAUUGAAUACUGAGUGUACUUGGAGCACUUUCUUGUCCAAGGUAAGAGUUAAAUAUCAAUAGAAAUAUAGAAAAUUGCGUG